CAAAUCAGUCGUGCGCGUUCCGCGGCGAUUGGAUUACGUAUGUUGUGUUAAAAAGUUCGAUCGGCAUCACAUGUAAGCACGAUGGAUGUUCUGCCUAGCGGUAACCUAUUCCGCGAGCUUCAGGAUGUUACUGACACCGGCUACUUCGAAUGGAAAUUAUCCCUUGAAGAUUACUGGCAACAGACAUGUUACGAAAUGGAGAGGUAUCUUCAAGAGGAGCCGCGGGGAAAGCGAGCAGAUUUAGAUCAAGAAGAAGAAUGGGCCGUAUCGGCGUCCUCAUCACCACCAUCACCUCCUUCACCGCCUUCACCCAGACCCCAUAUCGUCACAAUAGUGAAGAGUGAACCUCCCAGCGACUCUGAUGAACCAAGAGAUGAACCACCAAGCCCGGCACCUGUAAGGCGUCAUGUGCCGCGUCACCAUACUCAUGCGCACGCUACCGAUCCCAGACGUCGCGUGCAUCGGUGUGAAUUCCCCGCUUGUGAUAAGGUCUACACGAAGAGCUCGCAUCUUAAAGCGCACAAACGAACCCAUACAGGUGAAAAGCCCUACAAGUGUUCCUGGGAAGGCUGUGAGUGGCGAUUUGCGCGGUCAGACGAGUUGACCAGACACUAUCGUAAACACACGGGUGCGAAACCGUUUCGUUGCCGUCACUGCGAGCGCUGUUUCUCUCGUUCUGAUCAUCUAGCAUUACAUGCGAAACGCCAUGCGUAGCCCGAGAACCCACCACCUACUCCCAGGAAAAGAAAUCGGAGCAAACGCUCUGAAAAACUGUUAACAGUUGCCAAUGUGCACUAAACGUAUGUCCGUGGUACACCGAGCGCGCGUCUCUUCUUUACUAUAUUGUGUGAUUCCGUUUGUAGAUUCUGUGCGUUGUGGUCUUACGAAUUGAACGUUGUGAGUUUACGUUAGCGUUGGGUUCGCUUAGUGCUGUUAUGUUUGUCCUGAGGCGCGCAUUGGUGGGGGUAGGUGUUCGGGAAGCGUUGCAAGCCAAAGAAAUGUCGUUACGUACAAGUACGUAGCCGAGUCAACACUCAUUGCACCUAAUGCUUUAAACUUAUUUUAAUUUGACGAAAGUAAUCGUCGAUGAAAUUUAAAAUCUCUUGAUAUUUCGGCUUAUUAUCGUUGUGGUUCUUUGUUGCAAUAAGAGAACUAUAUUUAUAUUUGCCGUUGUUAAUUGUGUAAAAGAUUUUUUCUAAGCUUUGUGUACAGAGAGGUUUGUUUUAGUCGGCCGGUCGCAAAGCGGCCGUCGCAGACAGUUGUGCCAUCGUUCGCGGAGCAGAGGGCGCGCGGCGUCCGUGCGCACGCGGCGCUUUCGCGCGUCUUUCGUCAACCUGCAUUUUAAAUACAAUGUGACAUAUUAUUUAUUGAUUCGCGGGAUGUUCGGCAGAUAUUCCCACCGACGCCCAGCACAACCUUUUAUUAGUUGUAAGCUUAGUAGGAUGUGCGUCGCGCGUUACCUGAUGUUAAGUCAAUUUCUGAAAACAAUUGCUGUGAACAUUGUUAUUCGACUUGCAAAUACGUGUUAAAACAUUAUCAAUUGUUAAAAACAUACUUACACUAUGUACUGUUUUAAAUAUAUGAUAUUCCCUACUGUUAUAAUUUUACUCAUGAGCGAUUGUUUUCAGAGAUUAACUUGUGUUUAUUUUAUAUGAUGUUUAUUUUUAAGAUACGCAUACACUGCGAUAUAUUUACUUUUAAGCUUUCUCUUUAAAUCUCUCAUUCCGUUUGGUGUAAGUUGAACCGUGCUCACGGUGUUAUGGGUGCCGUAAGAUUAAUGUUUGUUCUCUGUGUUGAUGAAAAUUAUGAUUAUUUAAUAUACAACCUUUACACACAUAGUCUUAGGAUAUUAAUGUAUUAACACAACUUACUUACGUAAAUUAUUGGAACAUUUAAGAGAUUCUUGUCAGUGUAUUGCUAAGUGUGUAGAGGUGUAAAAUAAUAAUUAUAAUGAGCAAGUUGAUUCUAAAACACAGUCGCUUUUUAGUUAAAUUUUCUUACGAUAUUAAAUUUCUCGCUUACGCCUGCGUAUGUUGCGACCAAAGCACGAGUUAGGGCGGGAAUGGCAUUACUCAUACUAUUUCAAAUAUUAUUUGAAGAUAAAGUUGGUAAAUCUUUUAAAACAGCGGUUUCCGUGUAAUCAAAUUGUUUUAUUAAAGUUUUUUAGGAUGUGUUAGAAGCGUGUUAAGAUAUUGACAUGGGAUGUUACGUGUGUUGACUCGAAAAACUAGUAAUUUACUGCCGCUAUAAGAAUAAAAGAUUUAUUUUAAUGUGCGCUAUUAUUGUCAGUUUAAAUUGAAACGCAAUGCAAGCAUAAUAAUAAUUAUUAUAUUUAGGUUUUGGCGUUGUGCUCGACUCCAUUGUCGAAUUAUUGUUGGCAUUUAAUGAAUUUAACUGAAUUAUUAAUAAUAAUAAGUGGUUAUUGUAAGAGCUUAAAAAUUUUGA